GUCAACAAUCUCCUUGCGUCUUGAUGAUUUGUACGUUUCAUGCCGCUAAUAUUGCAGGGCUUCUGCGGCGCAGGUUUGGCCUUUAGGGUCUGGAAUUCCCCUGCAGCUUUCAUUGCCUCGGACCUUGAUUGUAAACCAUAAGCAACAACCGAUCUGUCGUAUCUAACCUCGGUAACUUGGGACCCCAGGUCUGGGCUUCUACUACUCCGCCAAAGAACAAACAUCAAGCGACAUCUUCGUCUUACCUCUAGGUCACCUUUGUCUCUGCUAUCCCUGCCCAUCUACUGUCUUCCCAGAACCUCUACCGAUUAGUGUAUCACCAAUAUGGCUGACAACCAACGGCCGAUAGGCCUGCUGUUCGACAUUGGAGGAGUGUGUGUUGUCUCUCCCUUUCAGGCUAUUCUGGACUAUGAACUGGCCCACAACAUUCCCCCAGGAUGGGUGAACUUCAGUAUUUCUCGUACCUCGCCAAACGGCAGCUGGCACAGACUCGAGCGCGGAGAGAUCAAGAUGGAUGCCGAGUUCUUUAAGGAAUUUAACAAGGAUCUACGAAACCCCGACCUUUGGAAGACGUUUCACGAGAGACUUCAGAAACAGCGCCCGGAUAGUGCGCCAACAUCGGUUCCUCCAUUACCCGCCCUGGACGCAGAGUUCCUCUUCUGGGAGAUGAUGAGGGUGUCUAGGACGCCGGAUCCAUAUAUGUUCCCUGCCCUGAAAAAAUUGAAGCAGUCGGGAAAGUUCGUUAUGGGAGCUCUGUCAAACACAGUGAUAUUCCCCGAUGGACAUCCAUACAACACAGACAUCGAUGACAAGAAGUCGCAAUUUGACUUCUUCAUUUCAUCUGCGCAUACCGGUCUCAGGAAACCGGACGGGAAAAUAUAUCAGGUUGCGCUGCAAGAGAUGGAAAACGUAGCAAGGAAGAAGGGUCUAGGCGGUAUUCGCCCGUCUGACAUUGUGUUCCUUGAUGACAUUGGAGAGAACCUUAAGGGCGCAAAGAAAGCUGGCAUGCGAACCCUGAAGGUUAAUCUGGGACGGACCCAGGACGCUGUGAAGGAGCUGGAGAGAAUGAUCGGCCUUCAGUUGCUAGAAACUCCAGAAAAACCCCGGCUGUAAAUAGUUUGAUUUGGCCAGCUAGUAAGAUCAU